GGGGUGGUGGGCGGGACCUGUGAGGCCGCGCGAGCAGCUGCUGAGAUGGAAAACAGAACAGAGACCCAUGUUCUCCAAGAACCUGGUAGCUCCCAUGAGAAACAAGGGCAGCUGACAAUUGACAACUUCCACUCAAUGCCAAAAAAUGUUCACGAAAAUCCUACCUGUAUGAAUUCCAUUGUAGACCUCGUGUGGUUAAAGGACCAAAUAAUCCAACAGACUGUGGAACUCGAGACUCAUGUGAAAGCUUGUGUUGAAACUAAUACAGAGGCUACAUCAGAAGGUGAUCUGAAGGAAACAAUUGAAAUAAUCGAAAAGGAAUUAGAAGAUGCGUCCGUUUCCUUCCAGAACAAAUCUUUGAUGUUACACAGGCUCCAGGUCACACAUGCUCUCCGAGAACAAGCUCAGGAGGAAGAUGCUGAAGGGAAGCUGAUAAUGCAGACAAUCAAUAAGUCCGUGGAGCUCUGCUCUGAGAUUGUAGCAAACCAGAAAGAAAUCCGCACUUUGGAAAACAAAGUACUUGAAGUUCAAAAGCAGAGGCUAAUGUUAAAACAAACGAUGCAAGAUGUCUUGAAGGAAAGAAGGACUGAGAAGAUGAAGCAGCAGCAGUUGCUACAAGAAAUGGAAAAUGAGCUUCCAAAACGUGCCAAAAAAAACUUAUUAGAACAUCUGAAGACUGUAACAUUGAUUCAAAAUGUUUUACAGGGUAUCAUUCUUGCCAGUGGAGUAAACUGGGCCAAGGAUCCUAAAUUAAAGGAACUUAUUUUGCAACUGGAGAAGAAUCCACUUGACUGAACACAUUUAAGAACUUAAUCGUUUCUGAUACUUAUGAGUGGGAAACGUUAUAACCAAAUCACUCCCAAAACUAUUUUCUUGUACUUGAGUGGAAAUCUUCACAUUCUUUGACUUCUAUUCUUAGUUUUAAACAAGAAUUGUAAAUACUCUGAUUUUGUGUUGUAUGCUAAAAUAAAAUGAUUGUUAUGGUGUUUUCAUUUGGUUACAAGAGCUACAGUAUUUGUGAACAAUAAUGUUUAAUGGAUUUUUAAUGCCUGCAAGUUGUCAUUAUUUGUUGUUAAUACUUAACAAAUACUUAACUAACACUUAGUUAAUACUUAGUCAAUAUGGCUUAGAGAGGUGAAGCAAGAAUAAGAUAAAUUAUUUCCAAAUAAACCUUUUUUGUACUAAUUUUCCACUAUAUCAAAAUAAAACUACAAUAUGACUCUUGCUCCAUUUUGGUGCUCCUGUUAAACUAGAUCUGACUGCUGUUGGAAUGUAAAUGUUUCACCUGGGGGGCAUGCUGUCGCUUCACGUUGUAGUAUAUUCUGUGAAGUACUUUGAGACGUCUGGAGGAUGUGGUGG